AUGAAGCCAAAGGCAGCGUUACCGUCUGGUGAGGACGAUGAUGGCGAUAGCCAGCAAAACGAUCAUUACGAGGGCGAUCCACUUCCACUGCCCUAUGCAUUUGAAAAGGAACUCAUUGACAAGUCGAAUAGGCAUAUACGGCUUUGUAAAGACUUUGGGUCUUCCAAAAAAGUUUAUCCCAUCACCACCAAGUUCUAUGCCAAAUAUGAGCCGCAACCAAUUUUACUGCAGCCAGCGCAGUCAAAGUUACCCGUUUAUCCUUUGUUAGAAUCACAAGUGUAUGGCUGGAUACCGUUACAAUGCCAGGAGCUUGCCAUUUAUCUUAAUGGUGUCCAGGCACCCAAGCUACGCUGCCGCAUGACAAUACACGGGGAACAUAUAACAGCUGGGCGUAUUACUGAGCGCCCACCCUUUAAUGGCCUGCAAUUUGUAUUGCAUUAA